CUAUUCACACGAUAGAUAGGGAGGGCGCAAGGGCACAACCUGCCAAUAAUGUACUACGGAUCUCAAAUGGCUGUGUAGUAGUACAACACAUUCGCCUUACUCCAAGUAUGACCCCCUGAGCGUGACUACAAAGUAUAAGAGGGGCCACUCAAUAUACACCUUCCCUCAGGGCCCUUCCCUUAGUUUAAUCCCUUUUGCCCCUUUAACAAUUCGACCAUGGCCAGUGGCAAGAAGAUCAUUGCAGUCCUUGGAAGCACUGGAGUGCAAGGAGGCAGUGUAGUCCGUUCUCUCCUCGCAGACGGAACCUUUGCUGCAGCCAAGAAGCUCAAAGCUGCUGGAGCCGAGGUCGUCUCUGCAGAUUUAGAGGAUACCGAGUCGCUUAAGAAGGCUUUCAAGGGCGCGUACGGCGUGUUUGGUGUUACUGGUGAGGGGACACGAUAUUCGUCAUCGAUCGACCGAUCGACCGAUAUCCUCACUGACCGAUCAAUCACAAUCACAUAUUAGAUUUUUGGACUCUGUAUCUUGGUGUCGAAAAAUUUAAUCAGGCCAAAUCUCGCGAUCAUGAGACUCGGCAUGGAAGAAUAUCGUUGAUGCUGCUGAAGCAGAGGGAAUCAAGCAUCUUGUCUGGAG